AUGCGGUUCCAGGCAAAGGACCAGGCAAAUUCCACACGGCUCCCUCACCUCCUUCUCGACAACCUCCGCCAACCCCUUCAGACAACAACCGCCGAGAUGGUGCAAGAACGCUCCGGACUCAUCCUCGGACUCAACAGCGGCCGUCCCACGACUGCCCUGAACACCCCCAAGACCCGCAUCAGCCGGUCCAAGGGUAAGAGCUCCCGUCGCACCGCUUUCGUCCGCGAAAUCGCCCAGGAGGUCGUCGGUCUCGCCCCCUACGAGCGCCGCAUCAUUGAGUUGCUGCGCAACGCCCAGGACAAGCGUGCCCGCAAGCUCGCUAAGAAGCGCCUCGGUACUUUCGGCCGUGGCAAGGCCAAGGUUGAGAACAUGCAGAAGGUCAUUGCUGAGUCUCGCCGUGCCCAGGCUGCUGGUCACUAA